AGAGGGGGCGCAGGCGAUGGUGCUAGUGCUGCGUUACCUGAGCGGUGCCUGCGGCCGGGUCCGCGGGAGUCUCCCCGGGGGCUUCGCUGCGGCGUGCCGGCCGGCGCCGGGGAGGCCCUGGCCGCUGUGCCAAGGUGGCCGUAGAGCCAGCACCCGCUCAUUUGAUGUGGUCAUUAUCGGUGGCGGAAUUGUGGGCCUUGCCUCUGCCAGAGCACUCAUCCUGCGACAUCCAGCAUUUUCCAUUGGUGUUCUGGAAAAGGAGAAAGAUUUAGGUAUGUAUGAUAUCGUUGUGGCUCUUUGGGCUUAAUCU